ACGGCGCUGCGUCGCACUCUGCUGGGCGUAUUUAAGCGCAGAGCGCAACACCCAACUUUUGUAGUCUGUUCAGAAACACUCGUAGGUUCAGCUGUGCAGUAGUAAAAGGCUUCAGAGGAUUCGGUUAAUUUUAAAGAAAAUUUAGCGCAAAUUAAGUGAAAACGUAAUUCGAUAAUUUGGAUUUAAGUUACCACAAUCAAUCAAACAAAUAUAUAAAUAAUGGCCGAUGAAGCACAAGCACCACCACCAGCCGAGGAGGCGCCACCAGCAGAGGGUGCCGAGGGCGCGCCCGCCGAUGCGGCUGCUGAUGCGCCACCAGCUGAACCCAUCAAACACUCCUACACCCUCUUCUACUUCAAUGUGAAAGCAUUGGCUGAGCCGCUACGUUAUUUAUUCGCAUACGGCGGCAUCGAGUACGAAGAUGUGCGUGUCACGCGUGACGAGUGGCCGGCACUCAAGCCGACAAUGCCCAUGGGUCAAAUGCCAGUACUGGAAGUUGAUGGCAAACGUGUACAUCAGAGCAUUUCGAUGGCCCGCUUUUUGGCCCGUACUGUGGGCCUGAACGGUGCCACACCGUGGGAGGAUCUACAAAUCGAUAUUGUUGUUGAUACCAUCAACGAUUUCCGUCUAAAAAUUGCAGUCGUCUCCUAUGAACCUGAGGAUGAUAUCAAAGAGAAGAAACUCGUAACACUCAAUACCGAAGUCAUUCCAUUCUAUUUGGAGAAAUUGGAACAGACUGUGAAGGAUAAUGAGGGACACUUUGCAUUGGGAAAGCUUACAUGGGCUGAUGUCUACUUCGCCGGUAUCAUAGAUUACAUGAACUACAUGGUAAAACGUGAUCUGUUGGAACAAUAUCCAGCGCUGAAGGCUGUCGUCGAUGAGGUCAACGCCUUGGAACAGAUCAAGGCCUGGGUCGAGAAGAGACCCGUGACUGAAGUUUAAAAGCAAAAGACAUAACAACAAAUUAACAAUAAUAUUAAAUGAACGCUGAUUAAAAGCAGCUGAUCUAAUUUUAAAUAACAACUAUAAAACAGCUGCCAGAAAAUCUUACACCGCAUAGCGUAACAUAGCAUAGCGCUUAGGAAGUAUGCUAUGCGAAAACUAAUGACGUGCGGUAGCAGACAUUUAUGCAACAAAACAGCAAAAAAAUACUAUGCUAAACAACACCUAAAUAAUAUUUGUAGAAAAGCCAAGCUUUUUGAACACACACACACCUAUAUAUAUACAUUUUUACGGAUUUCCAUGAUAGGCAACAACAAUAACAUUUAAUAAAAAAAAACAAUAAAAACAUCUUAAAAAACAA